CGGACAUUCUUUGCGGUGACUUUGAUUCGGUGACAACGGAUCGGCUCAACCACUUUCGACAAAAAGGGGUCAAAAUAAUGGCAACGCCUGACCAGAACUACACCGACUUUCAGAAAGCCGUCAAAAUAAUCCUUCACUUAAACAAACGCUCCGUCUAUGAGAACAAUAAUGUGUCGGCAGUGGUGGCCAAUAACGGCCAUAACGGGUCGCCAUCACCACAACCGCGCCCUAAUGGUCAACAGUCACCCCCACCCCCAUCGCCACGUGAUCGGGAGGUGUGCGGAGCUAUUAUAGCUAUCUGGUCGUCGUUGGGACGCAUAGAUCAGGUGCUCACUAACAUCAAUACGUUGUACAUCAAUGAGUUGGAGAACGGUUACGGAGCGGGCGAAGGGGGCCAACACUACGUCCCCAUAAUCCUCUUUCAAGUUCACAAUUCCGUCACUUUCCUCUUGCAUAAGGGAACCCAUGUGAUAGAGUCAAACCAUGAGGCCAAAUGGUGUUCACUGGUUCCAGUGGGCGCCCCCUGUCUGGUGACCACAACGGGUUUCCGGUGGAAUCUAACCAACGAUACCAUGUCUUUCGGCUCACUGAUCAGUACGUCCAACGAGUUUGACCCCGAGUGCCGUUCCGUACGCAUAGAGACCGAUCGACCCGUCCUUUUCUCUUACGAUAUCUCAAAGUCCGAUCCAUUGGUUAUACCAAACAAAUAGUCAAUCAAACAAAUUAUUUGCCAAAACCAAUGAUUUUGUAAUUCAUUUCUUAAAUUGUGAUUUCAUUGAUAUAGUGUUAAUGUUUAGAGAGCUUAUAAUAAUGAGAGUUAUUUUAAAUAACUUAUUUGUUCCAAACAAAAGAGUCAUUUUUUAAAUUUUUCAUUAAUUAAUUAAUUAUAAUUAUAAUGUAUUCCCGGUUUAUAUUUAAUUUAUCGGACAAUUUCCUGACCGGAAUAGGGGGUAGGUGUCCAUAACGAUCGUUAUGUUCACUUUAACAGAC